UUCCGCUGAAGUCGAGAGGUGGAGCUGAAGUCACAUUGUUGAUUUGUUUUCCUGAGCGGUAGGACAUUAUUGGAUUUUUAUGCCGACAAUAAAUAAAUGGAGCGAUGCAAACGUCUGAGACCAAAUUUUCGCAAUGCUAGCUACAUUUUUGAGUAUUCGGAGUCCUCUUCGGCUUCUUUUAGACCGAACUUUUGGACCCGCAUGUCUUUUGGCUGGGAAGAGGCUCACCUUGUCAGCUUGCCGUCUGCUUCCAGUGGCGUGGAAACAGAGAUUCCCCAGCAGAUAUAUUGGCACUGCUACUCCACUGCGUGCUAAAGCCCGAAUUCAACAGAAGAAGAGGACAGUUUCCGAAAAGAAGCUGACUCGCCACUUUGUUGACUACAAACGUGUGCGGCUUGUAGCCGGUUCGGGUGGAAAAGGGGCCUGCUGCUUUCACAGUGAGCCUCGCAAAGAGUGGGGUGGGCCUGAUGGAGGAAAUGGGGGUGAUGGAGGAAACAUCUCCUUCAAGGCUGAUCGAAUGGUCAAGUCUCUGGCUGAAGUAAUUUCAGUAUACACGGCAGAAGAUGGACAACCCGGAGGGAGCAAGAACUGCUAUGGUCGGAAUGGACGCUCAACCAUUAUUUCUGUUCCAAUUGGCACUGUUGUGAAGGAGCAAGGCAAGGCACUAGUUGAUCUUUCUGAGAAUGGCCAAGUUUAUCUGGCAGUAUUUGGAGGGGCCGGAGGUAAAGGGAACAGGUUUUUUCUCUCCAAUGAGAAUCGCGCUCCAAUGACUGCAACCCCUGGAACUGAGGGCCAAGAGAGAGUCCUUCAAUUAGAACUGCGCACUAUGGCCCAUGCUGGACUGGUCGGUUUUCCAAAUGCUGGCAAAUCCUCUCUAUUGAGAGCCAUCUCCAAUGCCAGGCCUGCUGUGGCUGCUUACCCUUUCACAACUCUCAACCCACAUGUCGGGAUUGUAAAAUACAGAGAUCAUGAGCAAGUUGCAGUUGCUGACAUCCCAGGCAUCAUUCAAGGAGCACACCUAAAUCGAGGGUUGGGCAUCUCUUUCCUGCGGCACAUUGAGCGUUGCAGAUUCCUCCUCUUUGUUCUGGACUUGUCCUCUCCAGACCCCUGGAGCCAGCUCCAACACCUGCGCUAUGAACUGGAUCAGUAUGACCCUGGUCUGUCUCGGCGGCCUCAUGCCAUCAUAGCAAACAAAAUAGACCUACCCCAAGCCCGGGAGAACUUAAAGACUUUAAAGAGCCAUGUAACUCAGAGAAUCAUUCCUGUGUCAGCUGUGACAGGGCAGAACACAGAAGAACUCAUCCUUCACCUUAGAGAGCUUUAUGAUGGCUAUCUACAUGGAAAUGGUAGCACAGAGAAAGGAAAGAUCGUCAGGUGGUGAUAAGAAUGCUGCAAAGUUUGUCAGAAAGGUUCCCGUAUCAGUGUCACCAAAGAUUGAAAUUGAAAUUUCAAACCAAGAAUACAUUAAUCGUAAGGAUCAUAAUUUGAUUUUUUAAAAACUUUUUAUUUAUUUUUUGUGACCCUAACCCUGGAAAUUUAGUCACACCUGUUUAUAUGAGUGUUCAGCUUUUGAAUAAAUGUAAACGAACAAAUGUUGGAAAUUUUUGAUUUGUGAAUUCAUGCAGUUUAGGAUGCAACACAUUCCACAUUUUUAUUUUAGUAUUUACUGUAUAAGCUUUUCAUACGUUGUCCACAAUGGCAAAAAAAAAAGAGUAAACUUAAAAAGCAAGUAUGCAACCCAUAUCUUGCAAAUAAAAAAUACCGUGAUCCCUCGCUACUUCACGCUUCAAACUUCACGCCCUCAGUCCAUCGCGGAUUUAAUAAAAGAAAAAAAAGCAUUAUAAAAUGUUAAGAUGUAUACGUGUACAAAUCAUUAUUUUUAUACAAAUAAUUGUUACAUUUGCAGUGCUUAAAAAACAUUUAUAAAAAUAAACAUAAGGAUGUUUGUUUUUUUUAUUUAAUACUUUGGGGGGGGUCCCCAUUAACCGCGAAAAAUGAGGGAUCACUGUCGAUGCAUGCAUUACUGUAAGAAUUGCCUGCAUAUGGCAGAGGCCACCCCCCCCUUUCCUCAGACAUAUCAUAAAAUGUGUGUUUAUAUAUAUAGCAGAAAAUACAGACAAGGCUGAAAAAACAGUUUCUGCUCUUGGACCCCUCUAUAAAACAAACUGCUGUAUUUUAAGCCAAAAUAAUUGUUGUCUCUGACAGAAUAAUAGCAGAUUCAUGGCACAUUAAUUCCCCGAACUAUUUUUAAUUUGUCCGUUUUACCCUGAAAACCCCCGUUUACAGACAUCGCGCAAGCACUUGUUUCAACCCAGCCAUAAAAAGAAGGUAUGCAAUUAUAUUUAUUAUUCAAAAUGUCAUAUUUAACUUAGAAUCAUUAAUUGAUGUCUACUAUUUUGUUUAAAAAAACAAUUUAAAAAAUUAUUUACUUGCAUAUUUUAAAGUUUUAAACAAAUUGUCACAAUGAAAAAAUUGGCAUCUGUAAAAAUUUCAAGGAUAUCUCUACCUCAUAACUAUCACUUAAUUGUAUUUUUUUCGUUGCUGUCGCAUUUUCCCCAAUAUUUUAAUGAUAAAUAAUUGAUCCAAACAAAGAAAAAUUGAAAAAAAAAUAAAAUAAUAAAUAAUAAAAUUAAAAUUAAAAGGGUAAAUAUAUGAAAAUGAAAAUCUCGAUUACUCCUUGACGUCUGCGAUCUCUGCAUCGCGACGCUUGUUAUAUUACCAUGUUUCACCCAUAAAAUCCGGGAAAAAAUCCAGCUUUGGCCACUCACAUCUGUGCCAUGACACUUGAUGAUACAUGCUAUAUGGAGUUUUUGGAUCGAAACAAGGUAAGUAUGCGAUAUCCCGUUAAAAUCAUGGCGUCUUUAAUUCUGCUCUCGCAUGCGCUCACCUCCAAUUAGGGUUUUGCUGUUUCAAAAAAAAAUGUUUUCUUUUUCAAUGCCCUCCUGUUCAAAAUUUUUCUUCCCCCAGAAAAUUGAGAUUUUAAGCUUUCCAAUGAUGUAUCACACGUGCAUAUCGGACAAUUUUGAAAUUUGGCCAAAUUGGGGGUCUCAGAGCAGAACUUCAAGUCACCUGAGUGUUUUCCGCCAUAUAUAUAUAUACAGUAUAUAUAUUUAGGAAGACAUUUCUGGAUUUCAUUCUUCAAAUGAACUGCCCUGUGUUUAAUUAAUAACAUUGUGUAUUCGACCACUAGAUGGUAGUAGAUGAUGAAUUGUGUCUAAUUAAAUAUUUACAAUUGCAAGUGGCUUGCCUUUUCCAUUAGGCUACGUAAUUUUCGGACUGUAAGCCGCUAACUGCACACACACACAUUUAACCGUGCGGUUUAUAGUCCA